AACUGGAGCAAUUUCCUAUUGUUGUCUGUAGUUCUCACCUCAGACCAACUAAUUCUUAGAAUUUUGGUACCUUGACAGUUGAUCAGAUAAACGGUACCGGAACCUUUCUUCUCUUCUUUCAGUUGAUUCCAAUCCCAUCUUUGAGCAAGGAAGUAGACAAAAACAGAAGUAAAGCAGACACCUGACUAUCCAACUUAAGCUCGGUGACCUCACCCACACCCCUCGGAUGAAUUGCCUAUUCAUAUCCAACGACCCAGAAGAGACACCGCUCCGAAUACAACGCGGCCGCAGCAGCGGAGAGGCAGAGUUAUAGAGAUCGACACCAAGAUCCGCUUCAGACUCUCGACUACGACUCGUCCAACGUCUUGCAGGACGUUGGUUUGGAAAACACCAACCGAUUGGUAGUUGACUGAGAUCUUGUGUGCCGUUCGUUGUGCAUCAACAAGACUCCCAAGCAGCCGGGACCAUCAAUAGGAUCAGCAAGACUACCGACAGGAAAACAAGAAGGCAAGAUUAAUUGAUUCCUGAUCGAUCAUCAUCACCAUAAUCAUCUUGAAGGCCCUCGACUCCUAGGUACUCCCUUGAGAUCCAAGUCGGUUGAUGAUCUGCCUUACUACCUUGCGAGGUACUUGGUGACUUUUUUUUGCCUGCCGGUUACUAGUCUAAACAAACGGAGGUGCCCACUUUACUUCAACCCGCCAUUCGGGAGCCUCCAUUUGAGGGACGAGGAAAAUCAAGACCGCCUAGGUCUUUAGCGGCUGAGAACCUACAAGACAGCUGCCCCUCCCCCAAUCCCUAUCAACCAACCCGCUUGUUUGGAUACCUACAGCCAGGUAUCUAGGUAUUAUUGUAGGGAGUUAGGAACCUAUCUAUAGGUGCCUACGGUACCUUGGUUGUUCAAAGUACCCGACCUGACUAGGCACGGUACCUGUGGGACUUUGUACCUUGGACCCCCGACCUGGGAAACCCCCGACCCCCCAUCAAAAUCCCACGAAAAUCCGUGGUCAGCUGCCAUAUUUUCUGCGCGUCCCCUAGCUAGCUCGCAUUGAAACCAGCUACAGGACCAGAAGUCGAAACCAAGCCAAUUCCAGACAUACAUUGGAUUGCACUACCUACCUAGAGCAAGCACGCAAUUUGUUGGUUCCGUCGUGCCCGGCGUUCCGUCAUCGCCCGCCACAAGUUGCUUGCCUGAGAACCCCUGUUAACAUUUGCCGGGGUUGGUGACUUUUUUUAACAGUCAGUUGGUAUAGCCAAGGGAAAGAAAAAGAAGAAGAAAAUAACAAUUGAGACGAAAUUCAGACAGACAGACAGACAGACAGGCAGGCAGUCAGUCAAGUCACAAACGAACAAAACACAGGCACCACGCCUGGUUACACUCUCAACAAGAAUAAGAAUAGACAGACACAGGGAAAAAGAAACAACAGGCCGGACAGCAGCAAAACAUCGGAUACAAUCAAGCCACAUCACAUCUUGCAUCCACGCCCUUUAAUCGUCACGCAGACCCAGCCUGACUUUUUUUUCAUCAUAUUUUAUUUUAUUAAAUUAUCUCUUUUUGGACCCGACAAUUGAGCGACGCAACGGGUCCCACAAGCGCAACCGCCCACUCCCCAGCUAGGCCGGCCUGUUACUUCCUACCCCACGUCCUGUUUCACCCCAGCCUACCAGGCUCCCCCGGCUGCCAGUAGUAAACCCCCCCCCCUUGCUCACCCGCUGAACCCUGCUACGCCGCCUCGCGCCCUGCUGCGGGCUGUCCACCAGCACCAGGUUGAGGUGAUUUUUUUUUUUCUUGGGUGCCAAAAAGGUGCUCACGCACGCCGCUACAUCGCAUCAGAAGGCAAAGGCACGCUACGCUGCACAAAAGGGUGGGUACCACCAACGGUCGUCCAAUCCCUUGCCAGCCCUGGCGUCACUUUACUUCUAGACAACUACCUGCUCCUCUUUGGGACGGACACCGCGGGACCUGAGGAAACUAAACUCGUUUUGUGCCUCGUCUCUCUGUCUUUUUCUCUUAUUUGAUUUUUCUAUAAUUUUUUUCCCUUUAUUCCACCUUGUUAUUUAUUUGUCUGGGACGGCUGACGUUAUUCGGUACCUUGCUUGGGUUGCUGUCCUCAGCUCCCUUGUUGCGUGUAAUACCACUCAACACCCACACCCACCCCUGUCCACUACUCUCAAAAAGUCAUAAAGCAUCCAUCCCCUCUCUCCCUCCUCCCCUUCCUCUCCAAAUGUAUCUUUCCUCCAGGCGGAGAUCGGGUCAUGGACCAUCAGUUACCACAGACGUCAAGAAGUCCGUAUUCGUAUCCGAACACUCUCAGGCCUCAUCCACUCGCACCAAGCCAUCAUCAUCCUCGCGGCCCAACAUGACGAGGCGAACAACACCCCAAUCAUCCCACAAGUCGGGGAGCAGGAGCUCAAGAGAUCGCGAGAGAGACUGGGAUCGGGAACAAGACCAUUGGUAUGAGGAGCAGAGGGAAAGUUUCCCUCAAUACUGCAUGAGCUGUGAAAAGCAAUUUGUGCCACAGGACGAUCGGUUUUUAUACUGCUCAGAAACAUGUCGCGUGCACGACCAUAACUCGAGUGCAGUAACCCCAUCGUCACAGCAUUCUUCGUCAAGGUCAUACGCAAGCAGCGCAUCAUAUGCGUCGGCAAACUACCCGUACUAUUCUGUUGAAUACUCGGAGUCGAGGGAUAUCAUUCCCCGAGCAUCACCGUCGAGGCCCAGCUCUAUGCACUAUUCUCCACCAGCCACGUCGAGUAUGGCAUACCACGGCGCUACACUGUCGGCCUUGAGGUCUCUGUCAAUCCAGGACGACAGCCCGCCAUCUCCCACCACCGCGGGCGCAUACCACACAUACAACACGGCAGGAUCGGCCCGUGGCGCUCCAAGCCCCGCGACCUCGUACUCGAGUAGACCCAACCCCAAGAAGGGUUACUCGUCAACAUACGACAAUAGCACAUAUUAUGCCGACUACAGCGAUGUGCCAUCGCUCGAUCGCCCACUUCCCCGCCGGGCCACCACAUAUUCGCGCCCUAAAAGCAUUGAGCUCGUUACGCCCAUGGUCAGCCGCUAGAGAUUCUUCAGUGCUUAUCAUCCGGACGACAAUACGAUUUGAAAUCUAUCGAAAAAAAGAAAUUGAUUACGAAUGUAGCCGAGGAAGGCCGGUUUAGCCACGAGUCACGAGUACAUGAAGCGAUGCAACGUCUUGGAUGACCAUCCGGGCGACUUUGGGAGCGCCGGUCGAGGCCGCCGCUUGACAAUGCCGAGCGCUUGUCCGCGGCGUCUCUUUCACCUUAAGGACAGGACGUAGCAUGUUUUGGGUGGCUGUCGAUGCCCCGGGUGGCGUGAAGGGGUACAGAGUGGGGUUGCAUUCCUGGGGAGAAGCAUCCUUCUGGGUACACCAUAUCUCAGUCCCGCUAUGCAACCUUCCGUGUGGAGAGUUCAUUUCGGAGAAACUGGCUCGGCUGACUGGGGGCGACCAUUGUCACCCCGCUUCCCUCGAUCCUAGAUGUGUGACGAGAGACACAUGUCCUCUGUUACUAUCUUGAUCAUGACGGCGAUCCAUCUUUGCAUGGCUGGAGCUUUGCAAACAUGGGUUUCGAAGGACGAAAAAAAAAGAGGACGCGAUCGAUUGGAAGGCAUAAUCUCGUUUGAGCAUUUUCUUCUAUGUCUGUUUUUUUUUUUUUUUUUCUUAUCUCUGUUUUCUUUGUGGCGUUUCUAAUGGGUCUGCUGAUCGAAAAAGGCAGACGCCAACAUUAUGAUGUACUGAAGCAUUUUGCAUAAAGAGGCGUAAAAGGCAUUGCUUUUUACUCGGGCUUUUCUGGUUUCUCCUCAUUUGUUACCAUUGUUGCUUGGCAAGUAUGGGCUUCCUUGUUACUAUAUGCAUACUACCUACCACCUCGGAGUCUGGGAAGCAUGGAUCACAGUUGGAUGUGAUUCCGGGGAUAUUGUUUUGGUUUUUUAUUUCACCAUUGGUCACGCGUGCGAGUCCUGAUUAAUAUGAAGAGCAUGCAACGAAUUAUCGUUGCCCCUCAAAAUAUAAUGUAUUACCACAUCUUGGCGAACGUACAAACAAAUGUACCCUCCCAUGUUCUUUGCAAG